AUGGAGAUGUCGUCACCUCUCGCGGCCAUGCACCCGCCGCCCAUCCCUGGCCCCUGGGGCUACCGACGCGACCUGCCGCCCUCGAAGCCGCUCUUCUCGUCACACAGCCUGGGCUCCAAAAACUUCAACUUCCGCGACAUGAGCAUGAGGAAGGGCGGAGGAGACUACUUCACGCUGCAGUCGAUCCGGGGAUCCUCGCCCACGGCCAGCCUGGCUGCCGACAUGUCGCAGAACCUGCACGUCGACCAGAGCCCCCAGCUCGCCACGCCCCGUCGCUCUCUUUUCACGUCGAGUCUAUUCCAGCAAUUGGACAAACGAGUGGAAGGAACCAUAACCCCACCUGCCACGUGGGAAGGCAUCACGACACCGCCAAUUCCCGACUCGUCGCCGUGCUUUGCUCCUGACUCUAUGGACAUCUCGCCUCUGCCCCACAAAGCUCCCUUCAGCUUCAUCAACGACCGCUGCCUCCCACUGUUGUCGCCCUCUCCAGACCCCAGCCCGAGCAACGACGACGACGAUGAUAUGCUCUCGCCGUGCGAGCUGCCUACUCCUCCAAUGUACCCUACGCCCGGACUGGACAUCCAGCGGCCUGCGUCUGCUGUCGAACGUAAAAAGAACAUCCUUUUCCGACCAUCUCUUCCUCGCUUCAAAAACUACUCGACUAACACAGUAUCCUUCAAGCAACAGGAGAACAACCCGCUGCCGGCUUUUCAGUUCGGUGCAGGAUGUGAUGCUUUUCCGACUACAACGACACCCACUCUUGACGAGUGCUUCGCUUCCUCUCCACCACAAGAACGCCGCCCAUACUCCAAUGGAUCGCUCUUCACCUCAAAGCUCAAGCCCUUCAACGUUCACGCCAAUGUGUCUCGUGCUAGCGGAUCGCCCCUCGCUGCCGUUAGGAAGCCUUCUGCUCCUCGCCGAAGCAAGUUCAGAAGGUCAUUGAGCAUGUUCGAGAGCCCUGGUGAGGUGAUGAACGCCAAACAAGAAAAGGAUAUCUACCAACCUAGCGGUCUGCAAUCUGUCAUGGACGUCGAUGAUUCGCCUGCACUCAAACUUCCUCACUUCACGCCCAACGAGCCUGAGAGCCUCCCUCGCAUCGAACAUGACACACUAAUCGAUGUUCUUAACGGUGACUAUGACCAUGUCUACGAUGAGAAGGUUGUCAUUGAUUGCCGUUUCGAGUACGAGUACAAUGGUGGACACAUCGAGGGCGCAUUGAACUUCUGUGACAAGGAGGAGUUGGCUGAACGGCUUUUCAAUGCUCCAUCAAACGCCAAAACCCUCCUCAUCCUCCACUGUGAAUACUCUGCCCACCGCGCACCUCUCAUGGCCAAAUUUGUCCGUUCACACGACCGCAAGGAGAACGCUCAUCGCUAUCCUCUCCUCACAUUCCCAGAAGUAUACAUCCUUGAUGGUGGCUACAGCUCUUUCUAUCACUCUCACGCAACUCGCUGCUUUCCUCAGAACUAUCUUCGUAUGGACGCCAAAGAGCACGAGCAAUCUUGUGAACGUGGCCUCAACAAACUCAAGCAACGCAAGCAACUUCAUCGUGCAAAGACAUUUGCCUUUGGACAGCAUUCCUGCCAGAUGGAGGAUAGCCCCACAUCCUUAGGCCGCACAAGAAGUGGCAACAACCUUUUCACGCUCAGCAACGAUUCGGACCGUAUAGGGGCCUCUCGUCGUUUGGCUUCUUACUAG